GGAGUCUGACCAUGGAUGACGAGGUCGAUCCUGCUGACGGAACCGUGACCUCCAUCCUGGCCCAGGAGUCCUCCGAGCUGCUGGAGAUCCUCUGCGCUCAGUCGGAGUCCGUCCUCAUGGCUCUCUGGGGGACGACGCCCCCCGAAGCGGGACAGACGCCCCCCGAAGCGGGACGGGACCACGUCCGAGCCAUGCUGGAGUACUUCAGUCACAGCAGUGCUGCAGAGUGCUGCAGCUUCCUGCAGAGAGUCUGCAUGAUGUGUGAGGACAUGCCCAUGCUCCUGGAGUCCAGACUCAUGUCUGUGGCAGGAAACCCACUCAACGUCUGGCAGCAGCACCUGCAGGCAGCAGCAGGCUUCCUGCAGCGGCGCUGGCAGAAGCUGACUGAAGAUCUGCUGAGCGACGUGCAGCCCGACAAAGUCUGGGUCGGCUUAAGAAGCCCUAACAGAACCAGGGACCGACCCGAUCAGACCCCGGGCUCUGCGGGGAGCAGGACGCCGGAACCUGACCUGGACUACGGGAGUCUGGAGUCCAGAAUGACCUUGGAGACCUUCCUGCAGGGGUGUACAGGAAAGGUCACGGUUCUGUGCGGCCCGGCCGGAUCAGGAAAAACUCUGCUGACGUCAUGUCUCGCUCACCAGUGGGCCAAAGGACUGGGCUCCAUCCCUUCCUCCUGCCUGUUCGUCCUGCUGGAGUUCCGUCAGCUCAACCUGCUGUCCUCCCCCCUGUCUCUGUCCCAGCUGCUGUUUCAGCACUACGUCCCCCCUCAGGACGGGGACCCUCAUGUACAGGAAGCUGUCCUGGACCACCUCCUGUCCAACCCGGGACAGAGCUGCUGGGUUCUGGACGGAUACGAUGAGUUCCACAGGAAGCUCAGCAGACCAGACCAGCUGCUGGACCCAGAAACCCCUCUACCUGCUGCAGACCUGGUCUCAGGUCUGUUGACCCGUCGGCUCCUUCCUGGGAGCACCGUGCUGCUCACCUGUCGAGUCCGGGAUGUCCCAGAUCUGGACGGCUCAGAGGACCAAGUGGGACAGCUGCUGCCGUGGGACCACCAACAGAUCAGAGAAUACGUGGACGGAUUCUUCGCCGUACAUGACAUCGGAUCAGACGGACGUCUGGGAUCAGAGGCAGUGGACCUCCUCUUCUCCAGUCGACACCUCCUGGCCUUGUCCUCCCUCCCUGCCCUCUGCAACAUCUGCUGCAUCUUCCUGCAGCAUUUACUGCGAGAAAGGAGACGCGCUCAGGAGGAGACCGGAGGAGGAGCAGAACAUCCAGACGUAGAGAGGAGAAAUGAUCUGAACGGAGCGGAGACCUCUGAAAUCCCCAGGACCCUCACCCAGCUCUACCUCGCUGUGGUUGCUGCCUUUCUGAGCCGAGGAGGAGGAGGAGGAGGAGGAGGAGGAGGAGGAGGCGGAGGACACGAUGACCAAACACACACCUCACCACCUCCUCAGAGUUCUGGUUCUGGUUCUGGUUCUGGUUCUGGUCUGGACCCGGUUCCCUCCCAGCUGUGUGAGCUGAGCCGGCUGGCGUGGGACGGACUGGAGAACAGCAACGUCCUGUUUCUGGAAGACAAAGUUCCACCUGUGGUCCUGGAGUUCUCCGUCAGAACUGGACUCCUGUCUCAGGUGGAGGUCAGAGGUCAUGAGGCCCAGCUGCUCCGAGCCUUCAGCUUCCCUCACCUGACUCUGCAGGAGUUCCUGGCUGCUGUAAGAAUCAUGACGAGUAACGACGUUAGCGACACACAGCUGAAGAAGAGGUUCAGUCUGAAAACCCGCUGGACCACCAAGUCGGACCAGAAGACGGUCUUCACGGACUCUCUGUACCUGUACGUGUGCGGUCUGGCGUCCCCGCGCUGCGCUCCAGCUCUGGUUCAGGUAGCCCGGGCGUCGGGUCUGAAAGGAGUCCAGACCUGGGUCCAGAAGCGUCAGACUCUGGUCCUGAACCUCCUGAAGGCUCGGUGUCUCAGCAGCACUCUGACCGGACCAAAGGUCCUGCAGCUCUGCCACUGCGUCCAGGAGAGUCAGAACCAAGAACUGGCCCGUGAGGUUGUAAAAGUGAGACAGACCCUGGAGCUCAGAAACUUCUGGCUGAACUCGAACGACAUCCAUGCUUUGGCUUUUGUGGUGAACUCAGCCGAAGGCGCCGCAGCUGGGUUGGACUUCGGCUCGUGUUCAAUGGAGCUGGAGUGUUUGGACGUUCUGACCAUGUGUCAGAACAUUCAUCACCUCAGCUUUCGCAGUCGUAAGUACGGAGACAAGUUUGCAGGAAAGCUGUCGACUAUUUUACCAGAGUUUACAGCCCUGAGAAAACUGGAGUUUUGUGGUGCCAGUCUGACGGCUGCAGGGGCGGCCAGUCUGGCCUCGGGUCUCCAGGACUGUCCCACCAUCACUGAACUCAAUUUCAGCGACAACAACCUGCAGGACGAAGGAGUCCAACACGUGGCUGAGAUUUUUACCAAACUGCAGAACCUGGUUUCUGUAACGCUGGGACGGAACAACACAUCUCUGAAAGCUGCAGGUUGUCUCCUCCAGAAAAUGUCUUCCUGUGGGAACAUCCAGACAGUUCAUGCAGAUGGGGUGAAAGAAUUGACAAUAAGUUUCCUUCACGGCUCCGAAACCAACAGCCAUAAAAGCCACUCUGAGCCGGCUGUCAGCUUGUUGAAUCAGAAGUGGAGCAGCUGUGAGAUGAAAACUCUGCUGAAGUCUGUGGUUGACUGUCGCUCCCUGUCCGUCCUCAAGUACGUAGAACCAAAAACACCCGUCUGCUUGUGCUACUUCAGCUAG